AUGAAGCUUUCGGCAGCUUUUGGAAUUUUAUUAUUUGGACUACAAGUCCUGGCCUCCUAUGCCGAAUUUUUUAGCUCGACCAGCGGCCUGGAACAGCUGCUACGCACGGAGGUCAUGCUGACGAUAGAGCUCCAGAAAUAUGUCAACGAAAUAAGGCAACAUGCUGAUAUAUUACAGGGCGAAAUUGAUGCGAUUAAAUCGGAGCAUCUGAGCGCCGCGAAUAGCGUCGAGGGAUAUCUGAACAAUCCGGUGAACGCGUUCCGGUUGAUAAAGCGCCUGCACAGCGACUGGGAGACGUUUGAGAGCACCGUGGAGCGGGAUCUGAGCCGCACAAACUUCCUGGGAGCGAUGGCGGGCCACAGAGAGAACUUGAGCUUCCCCACACAGGAGGACUUUGUGGGCACGGCCCUGGCGAUGACGCGACUGCAACAAACCUACCAGCUGGACGUGGGCGAGCUAGCGAGUGGCAUACUGAAUGGCAUCAAAUAUGGUGCGGCGAUGUCGUGGCAGGACUGCUUUGUGCUGGGCCAGCAUCUGUUCUCAAUGCGGGACUUUAACAAUACGGUGCCCUGGCUGCAGCAAUCGAUGCAGCUGCUGGUAAAGCAGAGCUACAGCAAGGAGCCCGACGCAUUGGAUUUCAUGGAAACGGUCAUGGGUUACCACGAGUCGAUGGGUGACUACGACAAUGCACUACAUCUGAUCAAUCAUGUGCUGGCCGUACAGCCGGAGGAGCGUCUUCAUCUGCUUGAGACACGCGCCCAUCUCGAACAGCUCAUUUCGGACGGCGUUAAGCGCGGCCUAAUGCAUGAGGUGGCGCGCAGUCCGGACGACUACCACAUCAGCCGCGAGUAUCGUCUCUAUCAACAGGUCUGUCGUGAGGAGUUAAGGCCAGCGCCUUCAGCGCUGCGGGACUUACGCUGCCGCCUCUUUGCUGGAAACGGACGAAAGUCCACGUAUGCACCCUACAAGUUGGAGGAACUUCAUCUGGAACCCUACAUCAUACAGGUGCACCACGUCAUCAGCGCUAGGGACGCCGCGGAGCUGCAGCAUUUGGCUCGACCAGAGCUACAGCGUUCACAAGUUUAUAGCCGCACUGGCCACGAGCAUAUCUCUGCCAACUUUCGCACCAGCCAAGGCACCACCUUUGAGUAUACCGAUCAUCCAAUCAUGCAAAAGAUGAGCCAUCAUGUGGCUGAGAUAUCCGGCCUGGAUAUGCGCUCUGCGGAGCCGCUGCAAAUUGCCAACUACGGCAUUGGCGGUCACUAUGAGCCGCACAUGGACAGCUUUCCCGAUUCCUAUGACUACAGCCUGAACAUGUACAAAACCAACCGCCUGGCUACGGGCAUCUACUAUUUAUCUGAUGUAGAAGCGGGCGGUGGUACCGCCUUUCCCUUUCUACCACUCCUUGUCACACCUGAACGGGGUAGCCUGCUCUUCUGGUACAAUCUUCAUCGCUCCGGCGAUGCGGACUAUCGCACCAAGCAUGCUGCCUGCCCGGUGCUGCAGGGCAGCAAAUGGAUUGCCAAUGUGUGGAUACGUUUGAGUAAUCAAGACCACGUAAGACCCUGUGAACUGCAACGUGAUCACGAGAUCUCCCUACCCUAUCAGGACUACAAGUAACAAUUAUUAAUUUAAAAUUCAAU